UCCCAAACAGGCGAAGACCACGAGCUGAGUCAGCCUUAUCGGCUUAUCGGCAUUUCGCCCUUUUCUGCUUCCCGACCCUCAUUUCCCUUCUUUAAUCUCGCUUCGCUCUCUUCUCUCUCCAUGUUGGUUCUCUUGGCUUCAUUUUCACACACCUCUCCUCCCCAAUCCUCCCUCUCACUGAUGCCUUCGGGCUGAUCGGGUUCAUCUGAGCGGGCUAUUCAAUCCAUGUCGGGUCGGAACGCCCCUCGCUCCAAAAAUGGUUGCAGCACUUGCCGCCGUCGAAAGGUGAAAUGUGGUGAGGAGCAUCCCGUAUGCCAGCGCUGCUUCACUCUGCGACUCAACUGCGAAUGGGGAGUGCCUGUAAAGCGCGGCAAGUCCGCCUCCGUCCGCCAUCUCCAGCCGGCUGAACCUCGGUGGUCGGUUCACGAGAUCGUCCCCGUGAGCUCUGCGACGUCCACGCAAGGGAUUCUGAAUCCGCAAUACGCAAAUACUCUGGCGUCAAUAUGGCAGCAUCCGAGCACCGUCGCGGAUUUUCCCCCGAUCCUUCCGGAGACGCUUUCCGCCGCGGGCUGGCCCUGCUUUCCUCUCACGCCGGUUUCUCCGCUAUAUCCAUCGCUCUCGGAACCUGAUCUUGCUUGUUCCAACUCACUGGUUCUCUCCGACCAUGACAAGAAAUACUUCCAGUACUUCCCGUCCUCGUCGGUGGUAUUCUACUACAUGAAGUCCUGGCAGUGGAGCAGCUUCAAUUAUCUGUAUCAGGGACCGGCUGUGACCAAUAAAGUCAUCAUGCGAAUGAUACUAGCUCUUUCGGCGAGUGAUAUGCAUCGGAACGGGCUCGUGGUUCGGUCCCCGGGGCGUCCAACGGCAGAAGAUCACGGUCGCUAUCAUUACGGACUAGCCGUCAAAGAAUUUCGUCAGCUGCUAGAAACUCCCAAACUUGAAGUGACACCGACGGAGUUAGAGAUCAUCUUCGCCACUAUGUUCCUGAUGAUCACAUAUGAAUGGCAGUAUGGUCACUGUGUGCAUCAUCUCCAGCUGCAUUUGCAAGGCGUGCGGUCUUUGCUCGAAUCUCAUCCGGAGGUCUUCCACAUUAAAGACGUGAACAACGUGCUUCUAUCCAUUGAUUCCGAACAGUCGGAUGAAUCGGUAUCUCGCGUUUCUUUCAUCCCCGAGCAGCUGCUUUUGUGGAUUUUAUACAUCGAUGUGAGCUGCCGUCCUCAAGGCACCACCGAAUCACUAUACGAAUACGUUCUACGGUCAGGCAAUCCGGCUCUUCACCCGGACCGGCUUCACCGCUGCGCCCGUCUUUGGGGCCGUUGUUUCUAUGGACAGCAGUAUCCUGAUCAGCAAGUGUCGGACGAUAUGGAGAAUUAUCGGGGGUUGGAAUUGCUUCACAUCGCCAUGACGCUGCGGUACAAAACGUGGCAGGUGCUAGUUGAUGAUCCCAGUCGCACUGGUUUUGAGGGUGAUUCCUUGUUCAAUGAAAUGUUAUCAAUCCAUGAUAAAUAUUCCGAUCUUUUCAUCACGGCUAAAUUCGCCGGGCCAACCUCGGUGCGACGCACCCUCAACACGAUCAACAUGGCCGUCACCACCUUUUAUGCUCAGGUACUCUUCCAUCGCCGUCUUCUUCGUCCACCUGGCCCUCCCAGUACCAUCCACCGUCACGCAGUCACCAACAUCCUCGACAUUACUCGCAAGCAAUACGCAUCUGACCCGCAACUUCUUCGCCGACUACACUGGCCCCUGUUGAUGGCGGCCAUCGAGAUCGAGGACCCAAUCCAGCGAGAUUGGAUGUGUCAACGACUAUCCGAACUUCGGAAUUAUCACUCGGAGUACCGGUGGGCCAACGAUCUAGCCGACGAGGUUCUUGCUCAACAGGAUGCGAGCCAAGGGGAGUACGUCGAUUUGGCAGAUAUACUGCGCAACCAAGACAUCUUUGUACAAAAGCUUUAAAUCAUGCAUUGCAUAUAUAGAAUAUACCCACAACCUUUCAUCAUCAUUUC